AUGCAUUCCGUAUCUACGAUUUUGGGGCUUCUUCUCUUCCUCAACCUCACAUCUCACACCACUCUUAGCGUCGUUGUGAUGGAUGACAAGAUAGCCUCUAGCGCAGAGGAGGACGUGGAAGCAGUCGAGGAUGUGGACGAAAGCGAGGUUAUCGAUGAAGGCGAUGCGAUGGAUGUUGUCCUCAUGCCGGUCAAAUGGCGUCGCAUUUCGAAGCCUAGUUGCGAAUAUCGUAAGCAUCGGCCCACAAAGAUAAGGCCUCUACCACCCCCAACUCACAGUCAUCGUAGAAGACCGCGUUCGCCUGCCUGA